AUGGGCCAGUGCGUGGCGCGCUGCGGCCGCGGCUCGCACCGCCACGGCCACCGCCACCGCCACGCCAACGGCACGGCCCACGGCGGCGGCAACGGAGCCGCCAAGCCGGGCCGCGGCCCGACGCUCCGCGGCGGCGGGGGCCGCCGCUCCGACGCGGCCGCCGUGAACUCGGAGGAGGCGCAGAACGGCGGGCCCGCCCGUGCCACCGCCGGCACGGCCGCCACGGCCGGCGCGGGGCCCAAGCGGCGCACCAGCUGGCUGGGGGACGUGGUGGGCGGCGUCGUGGGGGGGAGCUGCGUGGGGGCUGGCUGCCCGCUGGGGAACGCCGGGGAGCACGGCUACGGGGGCGGCGGAGGUGGCGGGGUUCAAGAGCGCCGCGUGGAGGAGCUGUUCCGGCGCUACCGCGAUGAGCACGAGGAUGCGGUGCUGGAGGAGGGCGUGCAGAGGCUGUGCCACGACCUGGGCUCCGAGCCCGCUGACUUCACCGCCCUGGUGCUCGCGUGGAAGUUCAACGCCUGCACCGUCUGCCAGUUUACGAGAGCAGAGUUUUUUUCUGGCUGUCGCUCCAUGCGCGCCGACAGCAUCCGCUCGCUGCGCUCCCGGCUGCCCGAUCUCUUCUCCGACCUCCGGCACGAGGACUCCUUCCGCGACUUCUACCGCUACGCCUUCCACCUGGGUCUCGCCGACGCCGAUGACGGCGGCGCUGCGUGCCGCUGGGGGGCGGCGGCGGAGCUGUGGCGGCGCGUCUACGCUCGCGACGCCCCCCCGCUGCUCGGCCUGUGGCUGCUCUUCCUGGGCGAGAACCCGGGGGGCGUGCGCGGAGUGUCGCGCGACACCUGGCUCAUGUUCCCCAGCUUCGCGCACGCCGCGGGGCCCGACCUGGCCGGCUAUGCCGAGGACGAGGCCUGGCCCAGCCUCUUCGACGCGUUCGCCGAGUGGGCGCGGGGACGCGACGGGCAGGACCGGCCGCGCGUCGCCGAGGGGGGCGACGGAGGCGGCGGAGACGGCGACGCGGCGGGGGAGGGGAGGGACGCGGAGGACGAGGGCGGCGGGAAGAGGGAAAGGAGGGGCGGCCGCUCUUGCCGCUCGCGGGGCGGAGAGGAUGCGAGGGGGGCGGCGACGCCGUGGGCCUGCGUGGAGAGACGAAGCUCGGCAGGGGAAGCAGCCGCCCAGGACGGAUGAGGCUCGGCGCCGGCGGCGUCCUGUACUGGGUACGAUGCGGACGCCUCGAGCGAUGGUCGGCGACGACGACGACGGUUAUCGUGAACGCCGAGAGUUGAAGAGCGAACGGAGAGCGAAAGGGGGGGGGCCGAUUGGCGAGGCGGUGGAGGCGCCGUUCACCAUAGAGUUACGGCGAGUGCGAGCCAGUUGUUGGCUUGUGCCUGGUUAGAAGUGGGGCCGGUACUCGUGAUGCACUGCCUAGCUGGUGAGGGUUAAGUUCAGUGAGAGGGAUAUUACGAGUGGCUCGUUGGCUCGUUAUGUUUAGAGUGAUCUGGUGUGGUGGGGUGUAGGGCUCAGUACGAGUAAUUUACCCGCUCAUUGGUUAUCAGCGUGUGAAGUUGUGCAAUAUUUAAAUGCGAUCGAAAAGACGCUGUUUCACAGAGAGAGAGGUGGCCAGUCGCAGGCAGAGGGACAGAACAAACAAUGGAAAGGCUUUCGGCCUAGGCUUGAGCAAGAGGGCCAAAGGGAGUUCAAGAGGAAGAGGAGGCAAAGUAUAUUUGUAAACGCGCAAAGUCACGUGACGCCGGUCAUCACGAGUGCGCACGUGACCGGAGGGAGUCCCAGACCAUGGGGGCCAGCAGAGGAGAAGGAGCGACCUCCAGAGCCAAAGUGGGAAACGGCUUUUGGCCCGUCAACCGGGUGGCUGGAGACUCAGUGACAGGGUUGAGUUGGUUCAGUGCACUGUCCUCCACAAACACUUUGACCCCUUUCCACCCCAUUACGAGGGACCCCCCCACCACCCGCUACUCCCUCUCCCCCUUUAAGUUUCCGGUGUUCACAGCUCCCCCACGUCCUGCCAGAUGGGUGAGUGUCGUGGUUGGACGAGCGAGGUUCUUUGGAGGAGACGCCGCUACCGGAAACAUCACCACGUGAUUUUGACGCCAAAGUCGCCCUCGCCGAUGCAAUGGGCGGAACGCGGGUGAUGCCGAUUCGUCGGCAUGGCGGCGAAAGCGCCUAAGCGAUUGCACCGGCCGCCCGUUAGCAUCCGGUGUGAGAAAUGCGUUGCCGUGCACGGGACCGCCAAAGAUGUGACGUGUCACUGCGAUUGGACUAUCGAAGGAUCGCCAAGGUGUGACAUGUCGCUGUGAUUGGAUUAGCAAAGGAUCGCCAAAGAUGUGACGUGUCGCUGCGAUUGGACUAUCGAAGGAUCGCCAUGUUGUGACGUGUUCCUGCGAUUGGAUUAGCAAAGGAUCACCUUGGUGUGACGUGUCCCUGCGAUUGGAUUAGCAAAGGAUCACUAUGGUGUGACGUGUCCAUGCGAUUGGAUUAACAAAGGAUCACCAAGGUGUGACGUGUUGCUGUGAUUGGACGAGCCAAGGAUCGCCAAGGUGUGACGUGUCACUGUGAUUGGACGAGCAAAGGAUCCCCAAGGUGUGACGUGUCACUGUGAUUGGACGAGCAAAGGAUCGCCAAGGUGUGACGUGUCACUGUGAUUGGAUGAGCAAAGGAUUGCCAUGGUGUGACGUGUCGCUGUGAUUGGACGAGCGAAGGAUCGCCAAGGUGUGACGUGUUGCUGCGAUUGGACGAACAAAGGAUCGCCAAGGUGUGACGUGUCACUGUGAUUGGACGAGCGAAGGAUCGCCAAGGUGUGACGUGUCACUGUGAUUGGACGAGCAAAGGAUCGCCAAGGUGUGACGUGUCACUGUGAUUGGACGAGCAAAGGAUCGCCAUGGUGUGACGUGUCGCUGUGAUUGGACGAGCAAAGGAUCGCCAAGGUGUGACGUGUUGCUGCGAUUGGACGAACAAAGGAUCGCCAAGGUGUGACGUGUUGCUGUGAUUGGACGAGCAAAGGAUCGCCAAGGUGUGACAUGUCACUGUGAUUGGACGAGCAAAGGAUCGCCAAGGUGUGACGUGUCACUGUGAUUGGACGAGCAAAGGAUCGCCAUGGUGUGACGUGUCGCUGUGAUUGGACGAGCGAAGCAUCGCCAAGGUGUGACGUGUCACUGUGAUUGGACGAGCAAAGGAUCGCCAAGGUGUGACGUGUCACUGUGAUUGGACGAGCAAAGGAUCGCCAAGGUGUGACGUGUCGCUGUGAUUGGACGAGCAAAGGAUCGCCAAGGUGUGACGUGUCGCUGCGAUUGGACGAGCAAAGGACCGCCAAGGUGUGACGUGUGGCUGUGAUUGGACAAGCGAAGGAUCACCAAGGUGUGACGUGUCGCUGUGAUUGGACUAUCGAAGGAUCGCCAUGGUGUGACGUGUCGCUGUGAUUGGACGAGCAAAGGAUCGCCAAGGUGUGACGUGUCGCUGUGAUUGGACGAGCAAAGGAUCGCCAAGGUGUGACGUGUCGCUAUGAUUGGACGAGCAAAGGAUCGCCAAGGUGUGACGUGUCACUGUGAUUGGACGAGCAAAGGAUCGCCAAGGUGUGACGUGUCACUGUGAUUGGACGAGCCAAGGAUCGCCAAGGUGUGACGUGUCGCUGUGAUUGGACGAGCGAAGGAUCGCCAAGGUGUGACGUGUCGCUGUGAUUGGACGAGCGAAGGAUCGCCAAGGUGUGACGUGUCACUGUAAUUGGACAAGCGAAGGAUCGCCAAGGUGUGACGUGUCACUGUGAUUGGACUAUAACAGGAUCGCCAAGGUGUGACGUGUCGCUGUGAUUGGACAAGC